AUGGCAUCUCCGUCGUUCCCUUCUACUCCGAAACCACAGGGGCACGAGGUUGUUCCGCCCUCCCCUGGCACCUGGCGACAUCCCAAGCUCAAGGAAAUUGUUCGAAGGCAGAAUGCGUCAACUUUUGGAGACCGGAAUGUGAAGAAGAUUUUCCUGAACGGAGGUUGUCUAAUCUUAUCUGGAUUUUUGGGAACUUUGUUCCGACGAUGUUGCCUGUGGCUGGGCUCCCUUCUUAAUAUCCCGACAUAUCCCGACAUAAUUCUCCUUGCUUUACGCCUCCUUCUCCUUGUAAAUAUUGUGGUUGCUCUCUACCCAAUUUAUUGCCCUAAGGAUGAUUUGUCUGACAUACCAUUAACACCUUCCCAACGGUCCCUCCUUGGCCUCGAUCCCAGUUACAGUACUCCUACUACACCUGGAAGCGUAUAUGUUACCCCUCCUCGAUAUCGAGUAUCUUCCAGCUCGCGAAAAGCAAGCCCAAUCAGCCCAAGUCCAUCGUUCUCUGGAAGAUCCAGAAGCAUGUCUGGUAGCCUGUCUGGCAGCAUGUCUCAAGAGAGUAGCACUCUACCAUUUUCCCCUUUGCCCAGUCCAUUAUUUCAUAAAGCAAUGGGGAACGGCACGAGAGAGGUUGGACGAAGACAGAGCUUUGGGUCCCCAUCUUCUUUUGGGCGAUCCAGCUUACGUGAAGGGAGCUUAUUGCGGGCACCCUCGACACCAAGCCCGAGCGGAAACAGGAAUGGGAACGGGAACGGCAAAAGCACCAGCGGGAUCCUGACCAACAAGUGGCUAUAUGAGAGAACCAAUUCUAUGUCUCCUACCAGCAGCGUUUAUAGAUCAUAA